AUGUCCGACUCACCCACCACCACCACCGACAUCCCCCGCCACAAAAUCCUCACCCAACACUGCCGCUUCUGCAACCACCUCUUACUAGCAACAACACGCACCCUAAACACCCUCCCCCGCCGAACAGGCGAAAGCAAAGACAAAGCCAUAAUCCUGCCCCUAGAAUCAAAACUCUCCCAAGACGUCCCCCAAGAAACCGAUCCCUCCACAACAACGAAACACACAACCGUCCUCCUCUCAACAACAAUCCCCGACCGCCGCGCAACACUAAUACGCCGCGAAGACGGAAUUGAGAAACGUAUCCUAUUACGAUGUGGACGGUGUCGGGUUGUUGUGGGGUAUUAUCUUGAUAAAGUGCAUUGGGGCCGGGAUACAGCCAGCAAGGCGAAGGUGGAGAUUGAAGGAGACGAAGGUGAAGGUGAAGCGGAGAACGCGGAGGAGGAGAGGCCGCCGGCUGUUUAUAUUUUGCCUGGAGCUGUUGUUGAGACGGGGGAGAUGGGGGAGAAGAGUGGGGGUGUUGGGGAGAUGGAGUGGAGGGUUUGGGGGGAGUAG